AGUCGGCAGUGUGCGCUCGGCGCGAAACCAUCGCGGUACUAAUUCAAAUUUUCAAAUUUCGAACUUUCGAACACUUUAUGGAUGCGUUCGGAAACUCGCGCUUUUAAAAUAAAAAGACUGAAGGACUUGAUGUGUGGUGAUCCGUGUUUUUUUUUUAAAUUUCGAUUUCGUGAUUUUAAUAUUGUGUUAAUAUUAAGUUUGUGACAAGUUGCGGUUAAAGUUCAGUAGACGCGUUCACCUCUGGUUGUACUUGUAUUUAAAAGGAUUUACUUUGACGUACCUGGUUUGUGACACAGACGAUUAAUAAAAAAAAUACUUCACUACAAAUAAUCAUAUGGAAAUGAAACAAGGAGGAAAAUUAGUGGUGUGACGUACAUAAUGUGUGGCGACGAUUUGACGCAUUCCCAACGGACUUUGACGGACUAGUGUUGUACCGCGGUGUGUCGAUAGUCGAUAGUGAAGGCCAACACGAAUGAACACCCUCAUGCUGACGACUGGAACGGUGGAAGAUCAGCCGUGCGUUGAUACCAAUAUGUCUUUUACGUCAUACAAUAUGAUGGAUUCCGGGGGAGCAGGGAUAGCGGAAUCACCACCUACUUACCAUCGGACAUACGAACAAUACGUGCAGGGUGCAGUAGAGAAUAGUACCGAUUCAACACAAGACCAAACGAGCCCUGAACUAGUUGUAUGGUCAACAUUACCUUACGGCCUGGAUUAUAGAACUCAAUACGAAUAUAGAAGCCCUUAUGAUACGACUAGAGAUUACACCACACAGCAAUAUGCCAGGGCACCGUUUACGACGAAGAUGGGACAAGCUAAGGCAUUAAAGGAAGCCAGGAUACGAAGACCUAUGAAUGCUUUUAUGGUGUGGGCGAAGGUGGAGCGUAAGAAACUGGCUGACGAGAAUCCGGAUCUUCAUAAUGCUGAUCUGAGUAAAAUGCUAGGUGA